AUGGCGGAAGCCGAACCCAAGUCAAGGAAACCCAGGACUAAACGCGCGUGCGAUGUGUGUCGGGCAAAAAAGCGUACUCUUGCCGUUAUGCACUGUGUUGUGGAGCUAACCGUUCGCGAUGGACUACGCGCACCAUUCAAACGAUGCAGUCAUUGCGCGGUAGAGAAUGGCGCCUGUGUUUUCAGUCCCGACGCGCCGAAGAAUCGACCCAGCUACCUUGGAGUGCUUGAACAACGACUAGAGCGGAACCGAAACUACCUGAAAACGAUUGGUAGCAAUGAUGAACUGGCGCCAUUCCACCUGCCAAUGCAGCAAGCGUCAAGACUUCAAACACAGCCAACCUCCGCAUCAGCAAGUACCGCAAGUGCACGGCGGUUGCCUGGCCCCGGCGUUGAACUCGCUGCAUUAACCAUUCGAUCUAUGAACACAAAAGCGCCAUUACCUAGUCAAGAAGAUUUGGGCCACGUCGAUUUGAUAGAGUACAUGGACGGGCUUCCUCAGGGAACGGACUACAAGCAGCGGCUGCAUGGAAAAUCAAGCACCGUUCGGAUUCUCAAAGUCGCCGCACAGCUUAGGCAAGAGUAUGAGGAAAGAAAACUACCCUGGGCAGCCUGUCGAGAGCGAUACUGGCGCCACAACCCUCUUGCGACCUGUCCUGGCCGUGUAGACCGUUUCACGUUCCCCCCACCCGAUCUACUUGCAGAACUGAUUGACCUCUAUUUUCACCACAAAAAUAUUUACCUUCCUGUCUUACACCGCCCCACAUUCGAGCGAUCUGUCACCCUCGGCGCUCAUCUCGUAGACGAUGGCUUUGCGCCAGUCGUGCUGCUUGUCUGCGCUAUUGCCGCUCGAUAUUCGACCGACCCACGAGUGUCUCCUCCUGGGUCAGAGUCGCUGGAUUGUGGAUAUGAGUUCUUCCGCCAAGUGCCAAUGACUACACAGCACAUAUUCGAAAAACCGAGACUGUACCACCUUCAGUCGUACUGCCUUGCCGCCGUAUUUUUGGAAUGUUCGGCUCACAGUGUUUGGUCUCUGGUUGGCAUGGGUAUACGAAUGGCGCAAGACGUAGGCGCCCAUCGAAAGAUAGACGUGAACUCCAAAAGCCGGCAGCCAAGGCUGACGGUGGAGUCGGAGCUUUGGAAGAGAUGCUUCUGGGCUCUGAUUUGUUUGGAGCGAGUGGUUUGCACUGGUCUUGGGAGGCCGGCAAGCACACAAUUCGAAGCAUUCGAUGCUGACAUGCCCAUUGAAUGCGACGACGAAUAUUGGGAAAGCGAGAACCCGGCUCUGGCGUUCACGCAGCCCGCUGGUCGGCCUUCGCUCACCGCCUAUUUCACGUCAUAUAUCCUUCUCAGUAACAUCUGGGGAUUUGGACUCAAUAUGCUCUAUGCUCUGAAGAAGGGCAAAGUUUUAUUAUCCUAUCGGGACUAUGCAUGGGAGCAAAAAAUCCUGAGUGAGUUGGACUACGCUCUAGCGCGAUGGGUCGCCUCAAUUCCUGCUCAUCUACGAUGGAGCCCAAACAUCCGAGACGAAAAGUUCUUCUACCAGUCCGCCACCUUACAUGCGUAUUACCAUACGGUGCAAGUCACGAUCCAUCGGCCAUUCAUACCGACGUUUCUGAAAGACCCUGGCGCGAAGCUAUCGAGCGAUAUUCCGUCCCUUGCCAUUUGCACAAACGCCGGGCGCUCGUUCAGCCACGUUGCACAAGUAAUAACCCAAAGACAAAACCCAUCCCCAAUGCCUUCACUUGUAUCCCUCACUUUCAUAUGCGGGCUUGUUCUCGUCCUGAAUGUCUGGAGCGGCAAGCGGACCGGUCUUCCGCCUUACAUGAAUACCACGACCGAAGAAGUCGCCAAAUGCAUGAAGCUUCUGCUUCACUGCGAAGAGAGAUGGCAGUCCGCUGGCCUUUUUUGGGAUCUGCUGCACGAGCUGGUGGUACUUAGCGACUCUGUAGCUCCGCUCACACCCACGAAAUCUUUCCCAGCCGAGUCGAGCAAGAAACGCAGCUAUGUCGCUAAACGCGAUCACGUGACCGACGCGCCUGGCCACAUCGUAUUCAGUCCUUUCGAGCGGAACGCUCAAAAUUAUGAGCCACAGGAGCUAACAGAGACAUCGAAUAUACCAAGUCAUGAGUCGACUGUUGGUAAUACUAGCACAUGGUCAACUCAAACCUCCCGACCGGGAGCUCCGGAAUUCCAAGUUGGACGAACAGCGGAUGUCGAAGAGAUGAAAGAAUACCCAAGAACCUCUCUACAAGAUCUGGCUCAAGUAUGGGCUGAUACGCCAAUGACUUUGGAAAUGGGGGACUGGAGCGCUUAUUUUAACACGAUGACCCAGCGAGUGGGCUGA